AUGGCCAACAACAACGGCUAUUCCGGCAAUGACCCUCUCUCGGACGCAGAGCUCAAGGACCAGCCAGCGCCUCAGGGCCAGUCAAAGACUAAAGGCCAGUGUAUCAUCUGUGGCCAGAACACCAUGCGCAAGUGCACCAUGUACUCCAUCUCUUUCAUCUGCACCUCCACGUGUCACAUCAUCAUCAACCAGGUUCCCACUGACCAGAAGACCCUGACCGACUGUCGCUUCGAUGCCUGUAUCAAUAAUUACAGCAAGAGACAGCUGGUUGCUGCCUACAAGAGUGUGGUGCUCUACCAUAACAUCAGCACACGCGAGCUGGACAUUCGGAUGAAGGAGAACGUCCUCUUCGAGCGCAUGGGCACCCUGUUCUAUGUCUACCCUGGAAUACUCCUUACCCACGAGCUCAAGUGGUUUUGCAAUUGUGCGAUCUCAGAGAAGGACAACCUGAGCGGCAGGGUCCGACGCUUGCUCCUGCAUUCCAUUGCUGACAAGGAGGGUGAACGUAUCUAA